AUGAACCCAGCGCAGCUCCUCGAGUCGACGACCGGCGCGCAUUGUGGCGCCACAACACCGCUGCGCCAGCGGCCUCUGCGCCUCAAGCCAUCGACGACGCUCCACGCGCACCAGGAAGCUGCGCUCGGCUGGAUGGUCGGCCGCGAAGCCGGCACGUCGUCGCUGCGUGGCGGCGUCUUGGCCGACGGCCCCGGCCUUGGGAAGACGCUCACGACCUUGAGCUGUCUGGCGCUGCAUCCGUCGACCGACCCGACGCUGAUCGUCGUGCCCAACGCGCUCCUUGCGCAGCAAUGGCUCGGCGAGAUGGCGCUGCAUUUCGAACCCGACACGUGGUCGACGCUCACGUACAACCCGCGCAAGCACGAGAAGCUGUCGUUCGACGCGUCGCGCCCGCCGCCCGUCGUGCUCGUCUCGCUGCACGACAUGGGCCUCGAGUGGCAUCUCUUCCAGUCCGAGCAGAGCGAGCGCGGGCGCGCCACCUCGGUGCUCUUCCACGUGCGAUGGCACCGCAUCGUUGUCGACGAAGUGCAAGACAUUCUCGGCUCGGGUACGUCGUUGGCCGCGUCGAUGGUACAAGCGCUCGACGCCCACGUGCGCUGGGGCCUCUCGGCCACGCCGCUCUCCAAGCCCAUCGAUCUGCUCGGGCUCGCCAAGUACCUCGCCCUUCCGCCGUUCGACGACCCAGCCUACUGGACCCACGUCGACCCCCGCAACGCAGCGCAUGCGGCGUCGAUUCAGUCGCUCUUGCAGGACAUUGUGUGGCGCACGCCGAGCACGUACGCUGUCGAGACACUGCAGAUCCUCCCGCGUCAAACCGAGCUGCCAGUGCGUGUUGUGCACAUGUCGGCGCUCGAGUUUGCGGCGUACCAGCCCGACUAUGAACGGUUUACCAAAGAUGUCGCCAAGCGCGUGCGGUCGAUGCGCGGGCAGCAGGCGCAGCUGCCGCUCGCGGGCCUUCGCCGCUUGUUGGCGCACCCGUCGACGCUCAAGCUCUGCAAGGGCGCUUGCCACGUGGCGCUCAACACGACCACAAAAGACUUGGGACGCCUCCUCGAUGACCUUGUGCGGUUGCGCUCCGACGCGUGCAUCGCAGCGCUCGAAAACUGCUUGCACCGGUCGCUCGACUGCCCGUCCGAGCUUGCGCCAAGUGGGUACCGGCUGCUGCGCCGUCACAUGAGUGUGUUUCGUGUACACAGCGGGCUGCAGCUGCGACUGCUGUGGACCAUGCGGACGCUGGCCGCCCGCCCGACUUCGGUUCCGUUCCGCCACGAGGUCCACAAGACCGUCUUGGCGCUGCCGUCCGUGCACGUCCCUCAGUUUGUGUGGCGCAAAAUCUUUGCCGAGUACCUUGGCGGUGAAGACUUCACCGAUCAGAUCGACGCGCUCGUGCAGCAGCAGACGUCGCCCUUGUACGACGUUGUAACGGCGCUACCACCUUUGGUCGCAGCAACCCUAUACCUACCGCAGGCCGCCACCGACAUUGCCAACGCUCUCCCCGCCUUUUCAACGGCCGCGUGGACCACCGACUGCAUCACUGCGAUGCUCGCCGAUGCAAGCCAGUUGCGCCUAAGCGAAGCCGCGUCCCGUCUUGGCACAUACGAGCGCUGGGUCGACCUGCACAAGCCCGAAGUGCUCGGCCGCAUCGACUGGAUGGCCAAGGUUCACGAGGUCUAUGCACGUGCGAUCCACGACUUUAGUAGCCUUAUUGCCGCUGCCCAGCACCUCGCCACGCGCAACUGGCAGCGCAUCAGCGUCGCGUUUCUUCAAGCGUAUGGCGCCUGCGACCACGGCCGUCGACGCAUGAACCGCCGAGCAGUCCUCGGACGGGAAGAGCGCUGGUUCCGGCGCGACCAAGCACUCGGCCAAGGCCGCGGUGCGCAAGGCAUUGCGGACAUUUGCGAGCUCUGCCAGCUGCGCAACUUGGCCGACGACGCGCUGAGCUUUUGGCGCAGCGACAGCAUGUCGCGAACGCUGCUGGCCCAGCUGCUCACGGCGCCGAUGCGGACGCCGAUGCGGGCGCUGGCCGAGGCGCUCGAAGCUCAUAUUAUGAGCGCCGGCGACGUCGCCUACCGACUUGCCAACGACGUCGACGCGCUCGUGCGUCGGACGAUCGAAGUGCGCACUUGGAUGGGCCCGCAGCAAGACGAGUCGCUCGAGGUGGCGCCGGCGGUCGCAACCCAGCGCUACGACGCCGCGGUACGCAAGCUCGACGCUGCCAUGCGCUACCAUACGUAUGUGACGCGGCUGCGUGCGCUGCAGACGACGCUGACCACCGGCGCGCCCGUCGACUGUGACCGCUGUGCUUCGUCGCUUGCUACCAUGGAGCAGUGUCAGCUCCUUGCGUGUGGGCACAUGCUGUGCGAAAGCUGCUGUACACCGGUGUGCCCGAUCUGUGCCCGGCCAAGCCCGUUUCCGCUCGACGCCGUGCCCCGUCUGCGCAACCCGACGGCGGGCAGCAAGUUUGACGUCAUUGUCGACGAAAUUGCGGCGCUUCAAGACGAAGCGACGACCAAGUGCAUCGUCUUUUCGCAGUGGCCCGAGGCCUUGAGCCUGCUGCAGACGGCGCUCGCGGCCAAGGACAUUGGGAGCCUCCACCUCCAGCGCACGAGCCAGACGGGCUUGCGCGACGAGUUCCAGGCCAACCCAAACGCUCGCGUGCUGCUGCUGCCGCUGAAGAAGUACAACCACGGGCUCAAUCUGGUCGAGGCCACCCAUGUGUUCUUGGUCGAGCCGACGUUCGAGCCGGCGCUGCAGGAGCAAGCAAUGGCGCGCGUCCAGCGUCUGAGCCAGACGCAGACCAGCUACGUGCACCGGUAUGUCAUGGCCGCGACCGUAGAAGCGCGCAUGUACGAGUGGACAAGCCGCACGCAGCGCCUCACCCAAGACGACGUCUACCGCGUCUUUACCAGCGAUAGUAUGUAGCCUAGUUAGUCGAUCGCGUUUCUUCUCGUACCCCAUAUACUCACUGAACCACCAACGACACUGGUACUGGCUCGGUUAAUGCCUGUAAAACAUUUUUAUUCCAACAA